AUGCGGGCCGCCUGGGUGCUGCUGGCGGCGCUGGCCGCCCUGUCCGCCUACUACGUGUACCUGCCGCUGCCCGGCACCGUGUCGGACCCCUGGAAGCUGAUGCUGCUGGAUGCCACCUUCCGGGCAGUGCAGCAGACGUGUCACCUGAUUCACUAUCUGAGACUCAGCCAUCACUUGAUAGUUCUGAAUUAUUUGAUUUGUACCUUUGACAAGCUGAAGUCUGUCUCCUCCGAAGACAUUAACAUCACGGAUGCUGUUUUUGACGGUGUGGAAGUCAGAGUGUUUGAACCUCCUGCGAAGCGAGAUGAAAGACUCAAGCGCAGCGUUGUUUACAUCCACGGAGGAGGCUGGGCUUUGGCAAGUGCAAGAACAAGCCUUUAUAACAAUCUCUGCAGAAUCAUGGCUGAAUCUCUCAACGCUGUCGUUGUCUCAGUUGAAUACAGGCUGGUACCAGAGGUGUGCUUCCCCGAGCAAUUCCAUGAUGCUCUCCGUGCUACUAAGCAUUUUUUGCAGCCUGAUGUCUUAGCUGAGUAUUCGGUUGACCCAAGUCGAAUUGCAAUUUCUGGAGAUAGUGCAGGAGGAAAUUUGGCAGCUGCUGUGUGUCAGCAGCUUAGCAAAGAUGAGCAUUUGACCAUCAGACCGAAACUGCAGGCCUUAAUUUAUCCAGUCCUUCAGGCAUUUGACUUCAACACACCUUCUUAUCAGCAGAACAUGAAUAUGCCCAUUCUUCCUCGUUAUGUCAUGAUCAACUAUUGGAUAGAUUAUUUCAAUGGUAAUUAUGACUUGGCUCACUCACUGCUGAUUAACAACCACACUGCUCUUGAUGUUGGCCAAGCUCUCUCUUUCAGAGGACGUCUGAACUGGACAUCUCUACUGCCUUCAUCAUUCAAAAAGAACUACAAGCCUGUAGUACAAACCACAGGCAAGGCUGAAAUCAUCCAGGAGAUCCCAGCGCUGCUUGAUGUACGAGCGGUCCCACUCCUUGCAGAAAACGAAACACUGCAGCUGCAGCCAAAGUCUUACAUCCUGACCUGUGAGAAUGAUGUCCUGCGAGAUGACGGGGUGAUGUACGCCAAGCGCUUGGAGAACGCCGGCGUGGAAGUCACGCUCGAUCACUUCGAUGACUGCUUUCAUGGCUGUAUGAUAUUCACCAUUUGGCCUACUGAUUUCUCUGCAGGCAUUCAGACCAGGAACAGCUAUAUAAAAUGGCUGGAUGAAAACCUCUGAAGAAAAAGUCUCCCUAGAAGACACAGGGUGAGCAACUCUGGUGUCUGUUCCGGCUAAAGAGCGAACAAUGAAGAAGUGCACUUUUCCAAAUUCAGACUUUAUCCAUUCAGCUGCAGCUGCUGGGGGUUACAGACCACCAACUACAGCAUUCACUAGCUCCAUUGGCCUUGCCCAGCAAAGUAUUUUGAGAAAUGCUUUUUCAAACUUUGAUUUUUUUCCCCUUCUUUCAGAUGACAAUUGCCAAACAUAAGCAAAUGUUGAGCAGGGAGAUCAGCAUUCCUGUAGCAUUCUUAACUGGCUGCAACUUUCAGGCUUUGACUCUUAACUGGGCGCAAAGGCCGGAAUUUUCAAAUGAUGGGAGGUAAAGCCAACACCUACAUCUACAUCUGAAUAUGUAAAAAUGGGAGCUUGUUUUCAACAAUGGUGAGCACUUGAUGUCAAAGUGUGAGCACUCACACCUUUGACAGCGGAGCCAUGCAUUUGAAUGUCAAGCAUGGAUUUAGGUGUUGGCUGUUAGGCACAUAGACAAAAGUCUCGUUUAAAUUUUCUAAAAAAAAAAAGCUCUUCUAGGCAGUUAAGAUGAUGCUAGACAAAUCUCCUAGCCAAACAUGUCAUUCAGCUUUGGAAUUUGGUCCUUAUUGCCUUUUAGUUAUUUACAUUUUAUAAAAGCACAGAACUAAAUAUAUUUUCAAUAAAAAGUAUUACAGCAUACAUACAAAUACAUAGGAUAAAAUACUAUGUGUAGCAGCAGAAUCCAGGUUGUUUAUGUGAGUGAGCUUCAAAAGCUGACUACUUAUUUGGCUAAAGAAUGUGAUUUCGUCUGAGUUUAAAGCCUCAGCUUCAUGACCUCCUUACAGAAAAUACUGAGCGUACUAAAAAAAUCUACUGUGUGGUUUGCACUAAUGUUUGUAAUAAUAGUAGUUUUUGUUCAUGGACUUCUCUUUUGUGCUUGUAGUGUUUAUUAUGUUUCAUGCUUCCAGAAAGGAGGAAAGCAAGUAAAUAGAUUUAAAUCUGAGCUUUGCAGCUAAACUUUGUCUGUCUUGUAGACUGAUCCAAAGCGCUAGGUAAGAUGAUCUCAGUAUUGUGCAGGAAGACUCUACAGUUUGAGCCAGUCUGUAAAAUUCAGAGAGGCAGGACAGGGAAGUGAAACCACUUGUGACAGUGUGUAUUGUCCAGGAUGCUUACUGCUUGCAGAGAUGAAGGUUGUGUCAAAAGCCCAGUGUUUCUAGGCAAAGAGGUGAGAAUGGCUGCCCCGUGACUAAACUAGUGGAUUAAAUUCAUCCUCAGCUUUACCACAGACUUCCUGUGGGACCCCCAGGAGAACAACUUAAUCUCCUUAUGCCUCACUUUCUUCUUCUGCAAGAGAGGGAGCAGUGAUUUCCUACCUCACAAAGGAGCUGUGAAGCUGAAUCCACAGGCGUUGGUGAAGCACACGGAUGUGACGGUGACUGGCAGGCACUGAACAAGAUCCCAUAGCUUUUGACUUUCCAUCCUUCUCUAAUAGGUGGCUCCGAGCAGCCUGCCCCAGCUAGGCUGCGGGUCCUCCUGGGCAGUCAGCUCAUCUCUGUCCCGGCUCCUGUCAAAGUACCGUAAGGUGAGGCUUCUUGGCCGUCGGGAGAUCAUGACAAAGGCAAUUUCAUGAGAGCGCUCCUUACAGCAAGAUUCUGAAAAGUUCUUCAAAAAAAAAAAAAAAAAGGCACUGGUAGAUCAAACUGCCUUCUGUCAUUUAAAAUAUACACAGACCAGUCCACUUCCCCUGGUAUUUAAAUUAAAUAGGAGAAUGGCUUUGCUGAAUCAUUGCUUCCUAGAAACACCAGGUCGUUAAAGUGGUUGUAUGUAUUAAGAAAAGCUAUUAAUGAGACGAGGCCUCAAUGUAGGCUCAGUCAUGCAGGCUGAAACUCAUUUCUGGGCAUAGGUUCACACGGAGGUCCAAGCCAAAGCUUUUUCAACAGUGGCUUAGAGUCUUCUUCCAUUUAGAUCAUUAGAAAGACUUGGUGGAAUUAGAGCGACCCAGUGACAAUCUGAAUCAGAAUAAAUUUUGGUCAGGAUAUCCAAUUAACACUGCAGAAGAAUUCAAACUUUUUCUGGAUUUAAACCCUCUUUCCUCCCUUCCUCUGUAAACACAACUUCAGUAGAUAUAUUUUACACUUAAAACAGAUAGCAACCAAAAUUAUGUCCAUUCAAAAGACAAAUUACUACUCCACUCCAGAGUCCUUUCCACUGUAUGGAGACAGCUCCAUUUAGCUGACUUUAAACUGACAUAAAGAGUUAAAAAAACAUUGUUACACUGAGGUGUAACAACAGGCUUCUUACUGGCUUUCCCACUUAAAGAGUAAACCCAUGUCAGAAAAGAAGUAAUUUAUAUCCUCCUGCAGUCAUUGAAAGAUAGCAGUAACUGUCGUACUGGAAAAAAAGUGGUUAAUAUUCCUAUAAAUUCUAUAAUAAUUAAGUUUGCCUGAGAGCUGUCUGCAAAGCUUUAGAUCAGCAUUUGUUUAUAGCUAAGUUAUAAAUAUCUGCUAUGAAGCUAUAAUAUAAUUACUGCUCUUGUUUUUUUUUAACUGAAAUGAAAUGGAGAGCUGGAAUAUAUAUUCCUGGAGUCGGUUGUAAAUUUCCUUCAUGCACUGAAGCACAUUAAAGUCUUGGCACAAGAAUGGUAGUAAGUAUGUAACUGGACUGAAUGUGUUUACUAAGUAAGUCAAUCACCAGCUUGAUGCAACAUCCAAGAUCGCAGCACAACUUGGAUGAGAAGUUACAAUAUUAACUAGUUCUGUCAAAAUACCUUGACUAGUUUUAUCAUGCAGCUGUAUGGUUUAGGUACACGGUAGCUGCAAAGAUAUGUGAUGGAUCUUAUAACAUAUAAAAAGAGGUCUGAGUUCCAGCCUUAAAAAGACCUUUUAGUAUAUAGCCGCACAAGACACUUGAUUAAAAUUCAAUGUAAACUUUGAAGUAAGUGUUAGUCCAAACUCAGCUUUCCUCCUGGUUUGCUUUGUUCUCCUUUGCACACAGCCCCGUGCCUGAAGUUCAAAGUUUAGGGUUGUUUCCAGCUGAGCUGCUGCAAGCUCCUAAAACCGAGCACUAACUCAGCUGAGAGCUCAAGCGGGGCUGGCAGGCAUGGUUACAGAAAGCUGGUGCCUGCUAGCAAGAGAUUAAGAUUAAUGCAUGUUACAACACCUCAAUUCGUUCCUGUGUUUAGUCCUACACCUCCUCAAGUGUUUCCUCGGGCAGACCCAGCGCCUUCAUUCCUUGGUUAUUUCAAAAGCAGUUUAGGGCACUUUGCACAUUGUAGGAUCAGAUCAAGUAUUUGUAACAAUACUUCAUGAGUCCAUAGUAAAAAGUCAGUCUUCUAAAAGAAGAUACUUAAUAAUAAAUUAAUACUCAUUAAAUCAAUGAGUACGGCUAGCUACUUUUUGAAGAUAGCUUUCCCGCCCCCCCACUACAAUUAGACACUAUCUAUCCAUUGCAAGAAUAUCUUCCUAAUGACCAUCAAAGCAUUCAAAUGUAAGCUUUAAACAAAAAAGCUCAUAGAACCUGUAGUCAUUUGCAUCCUGCUUUCAUGGACCUGGGAACUGUAUUAGCAGAUCCCUGGUAUUUUGGCCAGUAUUUACAGGAAUAAAUGGAGGUUUUGUUUGCUUCGCUUAGGACCUCUUAAAGGAUGGGUGUUGAGCAUUUCUGGAAACCCAGACCAAUUUAAAGGUGUUUCAUGGGGCAUAAAAAUCACAAAUAACUUGAAUUUCCUAACCUUCAUCUAAGUAACUCCAAAAUUGCAUCCCUAGCCAAAGCAGAAAGCCCACUGUGGGUUUGAGUCCUGCAAACUAAAAAGAAAUGCUUUAUCUUCAAAACAUUGUUUUGUAGUGUUUGGGCCUCUAUACUUUUUAAGUAGGUGCAUCAUGGGUAUAUUUUUUAAUCUCUUACUAAACUUUAUUAGAAAUUUUUUCAAGUAAACAUAUUAGAAGUAGGCUAACCUGUCUUGAACCUUUUAAGCUGCUAUGAUCUGUAACAAUGAUGUUGUUAAAAAAACCAAAACCGGCUGGUUUAAUGUUCUCUUAUUUAUGAUGUUCAAAACCCCAAAGUACAACAUCCUUGAUGUGAGAGCAUUCAAUAUCUUAUGCAUGACCAUUUUUUGCUUCUUUCCCAGUGCAGGGGAAAGGUCUUGUAAGAUCUAAUUAGCAACUGUGAUUGAAAUGUGCUAUCAAACUGAAGAACAAAUAAAUAAAGUGAAAUAUA